AUGAACAUGAGCAUAAUGAUGCUCGAGCCAUGUUGGAGGUGGAGGAUGAGCAAGAAGAUGACGAUGAAGAAGCGGAUUCUUCUUCGCCCUUUAAUGCACGGGGAUGGUAAAGAAGAAGCAGUUGAUCCUGAAGAAGAUAGGGCAAUACUCGAGAGGAAACGUAUGGCUGUUUUGGAGGAGAGAGGUGUCCAAAAUAAGAUUUCACCACCAACUCCAGCGGAAGACAACUUUGAGAAGAAGACUUUUAGAACUAUGGGAGCAAUGGAGGAAGGGGAUGCAACAUUUGGCUCCAAUAAUGAAAUUAAUCUUUAUUCACAGGUGUACUGGUGGCAUGACAAGUAUAGGCCAAGGAAGCCGAAGUAUUUUAACCGUGUUCAUACUGGUUAUGAAUGGAACAAGUAUAAUCAAACUCAUUAUGAUCAUGACAACCCACCUCCAAAGAUUGUGCUGGGAUACAAAUUUAAUAUUUUUUAUCCUGAUCUUGUUGACAAAGCAAGAGCUCCAAGUUACGACAUAGAGAAGGAUGGAGAUAGUGCUGAUACCUGCAUCAUAAAAUUCCAUGUUGGCCCUCCCUAUGAGGAUAUAGCUUUCCGAAUUGUUAACAGAGAAUGGGAGUUAUCUCAUAAAAAUGGGGUUCAAGUGCAUGUUCGAUCGAGGAAUUCUGCAUUUGUACUUUAACUUCAAGCGCUACUGAUACCGUCGUUGAAGAGCCUCACCAAGCACAUGGUUUGUUGCAAAGUUCAGCAUUUUGUUAUCCAUUUCUUGUUUUUGUAUUUGCUAGGCCAGCUUGUAUGUGAUGUUCAUUCAAGAAGGAAGAACUUUGUUAACUGGCCAUAAAGUAUGAUACACAACUGAUGAACACGGUUCUCAUUGAAGUGAAUCGUACUAUCAGAUUACCACUAUUGCAUUUCCAUGGAUAAGUUUUUGAAUUGAUUUCCUACUUGUGCAUCCAAGCAACAUAUGGGCACCUUUUAUUUGAUAGAUGGGUUCUUUAUGCUGAAUGUUUAUAUUUGAAAUGGAGAUUGAUAA